AUGCAGUGCCUAUUUUUCUUUAUCUUGUUUAGGGUUUGUGAAGCAGGAUCUGAUAAUCAACCUCUUGGUAAUAAUCAACAAUCAAAUUGUGAAUAUUUUGUUGAUAGCCUUUUUGAGGAAGCUCAGAAGGUUGGUUCCAAACGCUUGUCUUCCACUGAACAGAAGAAACAGGUAGAUGUAAAUAUAAAAUUAUGGAAAAACGGAUUCACCGUCAAUGAUGAUUUCAGAAGUUACUCCGAUGGUGCAAGUCAACAGUUUUUAAAUUCCAUCAAAAAGGGGGAAUUACCUUCAGAAUUACAGAGAAUUUUUGAUAAAGAAGAGGUGGACGUUAAAGUUGAAGAUAAGAAAAAUGAAGUAUGUAUGUCUACAAAGCCUGUGUUCCAGCCCUUUUCAGGACAGGGUCACAGACUAGGAAGUGCCACACCAAAAAUUGUUUCUAAAGCAAAGAGUAUUGAAGUUGAAAAUAAAAAUAAUUUGUCUACUGUUCUGCUAAACAACUUAGAACCUGUUACUAAUAUACAGAUCUGGUUAGCCAAUGGGAAAAGGAUUGUCCAGAAAUUUAACAUCUCUCAUAGGGUAAGCCAUAUCAAAGACUUCAUUGAAAAAUACCAAGGAUCUCAAAGAAGUCCUCCAUUUUUCCUGGCAACAGCUCUUCCUGUCCUCAGGUUGCUAGAUGAGACACUCACCCUGGAAGAAGCAGAUUUACAGAAUGCUGUCAUCAUUCAGAGACUCCAAAAAACUGCUGCACCUUUUAGAGAACUUUCAGAGCAUUGAUUUUUGAUAGACUAAGUGGAGAAUUUGUGGAGAAAUGAUGGUUGUAAGUAGACAUGCAAACCAAAAUUGGGGACUGGAGAAGUCAGACUCACUACACUUUUGGUUCGAGUACUAUUAAACUCUCUCCUGAUGAGAUGUUAGAGAAGUACAAGUUAGGAAAGUAGCAUAUGACUGGAAACUAUAUUCAGUGCACUUUUUCCAAAAGGCUGCUCAGAAAAAUAUACUUAUUUUCAAAUACCAAUUAUCAAGAUAUAUGAAAUAGCCAUAUUAUUUAGAA